AUGGUAUCCUUACCAACUGAUCAGAACCACCCGAGAGCUUGGGACCUAGAUAACCGCACCGACAUCAUAAGAUAUGCCACGAAGGAAUGUGAACGUAGGUGCAUAUGCUCCAAGGAAGAACAGGCCAAGAGAAGAAGGGCAUGCCAGACGUUUAAUCUUAGCUGGAGGUUCGAGGAUUAUUAUGACACGAUUAUAGUGAAGAAUGAAACAUUAUGCAGUAUUUACAACGCUUUCGCACGCUACCCCAGGCGUUACGAAACAGGUCAGGGAGCUAACUGGGCCAAGGAAGAAAAUUAUGAAGUUAAGGAGGUCCUGAUAAUAUCUGGCCCUUAUUCGGCCGACACCCUUUAUUUCAGCAGAUUCACUAAAAUACCUGACUCCGAUAUGGAUUCGAUACUAGAGGAGCAUGGAGGUGUGGAUGCCAUCAAAGCCAUCAUAGCUAGAGAAAUCCGGGAUCAUAAACCAAAUCAUCAUCCAAAACAGGUGCACUCGAUUCUUGAUCGAGGUGAGGUGUACGAAUAUGACACUAUUUCUUCUCACCUUAUUGUAGAAUGCAUCCCACCAGCGUUUGUUUUGACUAGUUGCUCGUCCUGGGAGUUAGGCAGUCUCUCCUCCUUGAUAUUUGAGGUACACGAGACUUUAAAGAAAGAUGACAACCGUGUAGAUUGCUACACUCUUCAAUAUGCUUUGAGAAAUCUUGGUGUAAAAUGUGAGAGUCAUCUAGAAAUAAAACGCUAUGUUUGGAGGGCCAAGAAGAAUCUAUACCAUUUAGUAUCCAAGGCUAGUUAUCCGGAAGGACUGGCUUUAUGCUAUUCUACGCGGCUAAGGAUAUUCUUCGAAAACAUAUCCGCGAGUAUGGCAUUCGAGCUGCUUCCCUGUGGGGAGAUUCUUCAUGUCGAACCUGAUCUUAAGGAGGAAAUAAGGCCAGAAAUGUUUCACUAUGCAGGAUAUGAGGAAUCAUAUGUGUACAACAAACUAUUGGACUUUGAUUCUGAUAACGACAGUGUGUUCAGUAUCUCAGGCCAUUCUGGUGAGAGUUUGAAUUUGUCGUCGAAAACAAGUAGUGUGCAAAGUACGUUGCGAAAGAGAAGAGACUGA